UGAUUAUUACUCACCACACGUUGUACACAAUGAUUUGAAAAGCGUAUUUCCCUUUUUUCUUUUUCCUAUCCCAAUUGGGCAUUUGGUAAACGGAGUUCGCUUCCCUCCAAAAUGUCAUCCACUUCCAUGUCAGUCCGUUCUCCGGCGUCCUUCCCCUUCCCCACGGCAGCCGGAGCCCGCGGCCGCGUCGGCUCGGCGCAGCCGGUGGGCCCCAAGCUCCUCUCCUCGCCACUUCCGCCGGCGGCCACGCCCGCGGUGCCUCGCCGGCUCCUCUUCCCGGUGGCUGCCGGCAUUUGGGACUUCCUUUCCGGUGGCGGAGCAGGCGGCGCGGCUGCCGCGUCGCUCGCCGUCCGGGGAGGCAUGCAGCUCUUCAGGCAGGGAGAUGUAGCUGGCUCAGUAGCAGAGUUCGAUCGGGCAAUUGAGCUCGAUCAGCGGCAGAAGAAAUAUCUCUGGCAAAGGGGGCUUUCACUCUACUACCUGGACAGGUGCAUUAUCAUGAUAGUAACUAGGUUCGAAGAAGGUGCAGAACAGUUCAGGCUGGAUGUUGCUGCCAACCCGAAUGACACUGAGGAGUCGAUAUGGUGCUUUCUCUGUGAAGCUCAGCUGUAUGGGGUAGACGAAGCAAGGAAGCGCUUCCUGGAGGUUGGUUUAGACUCAAGGUCUGUAAUGCGAGAAGCUUAUGCACUGUUCAAAGAUGGUGGGGACCCUGAAAAGUUGGCUUCAAAUUUCUCUAGUGGUUCUGAAGGUGAAAUUUUCUAUUCAUCAUUAUACACUGGACUUUACUAUGAAUCUCAGAAGGAUGCAGAGUUGGCAAAGUCCCACAUUGUUGCUGCAUGCAGGUCACCAUAUGGAUCAAGGUCCGGUGAUUACAUGGCUUCACUUGCACUAGUUCAUUGUCAAUGCCGCAACUGGACUCUGGAGUGACAGAAGUAUUAUACAAACAAGUGGACCUAAACAUUCUUGUUGAAGCCAACAGAUAGGAAGCAUCUUGGGUAUGUUCUUCCCAUGGCUCACUGUAUUUAACUGGACUUCUUGGUCUCAAAUUUUUGUAGAUUUGGUAAAUAGCACAUUGCCACUCACAGUCAAUGACGUAACGGCUCUUAUGUGUCUAUGACAUGUAGAUCCAGUAACAAAUCCUAAAUUGUCAUUUGUAAGAGUGGCAAUUAGUUAAAUAUCUCGCGUGAUCUGGACUCUUCCUCUU